GAGGGAGCGAUGGCGGCGGCGCGGCGUGCGGUGACCGAGCACGGGGCCGUGGAAAGCGUAGGCGGCGCGGCCCGGCGUCCACAGCGGAAGCGGCUGUGGAGGCCCACGGCAAUACACGGCCUUUUGGGGAGCGUCCAGCAGGGACGAGGAUUUGCAUUUCGGAGAAAACAGAAGAUUGAAAGAAAAUAUAGGAAAUUACUGAAGAAGGAGCAGAAGAUCUGUUCACCACAGGCUGAUCAGUUCACAGAUACUUACCCAGAGCAUCUGAAGCACCUCUACCUAGCAGAGGAGGAGAGGCUUAAGAAACAGCACAAAUCUCCAAAUCAUUCAGUUCUAUCAGAAGAAAGGCUUAAUAAAGCAGUAGAACCAGUUACAACUGAAGGAAAGUUUAAGAAAAAAACAUCCAAUCAGAAGGCAAAAGAAGAGUAUGAGAAAAUACAGGCUGAGCGUGCUAAGAAGAGAGAGGAAGCAGAAAAGAGAAGGCAACAAAAAGAAGCAGCUCAGAGGUUGUACAAGCAAAAGAAAAUGGAAGCUUAUAAAGUACUGAGUAAGAAGACCAAGAAAGGACAGCCAAAUCUAAAUGCACAAAUGGAGUUUCUUCUUCAGAAAAUACAACAAAAGACAUAAACCUUUGCAUAAAUCUCAGUUACAGGUUUUGAGUUACCUGUGGACAUUUUAUUAAAUGACUUCUAGUAAAUAAUGUCUUUUUGCUUCUUUUCCAAUUGUGGAAGACGUUCAUACUGAAAUUAUUUUAUUCCUAACAGUCAGUGAGACCUGGUACUUUGAAAAUAAAUGCUCCAUAUUACUAAAAUUCUAUUUGUGUAAUAUCCUGAAUUCCAAAUCAUUAGGUCUUGGUACCACCUGAACACGAAUCUGCGUUCAUUUUAUAGCUCUUAAUACUUCCUGCUGAUGUGACUACUACAGUCAUGCUUACUGGAGAGGAGCAAAAUGAGUGGAGUAAAAUGCGACAUUUGAUAAUCUCAUGAACUGUCAAGGCGAGGAGUAUUCUGUUGGAUAGGGUUUGGCACAUGAAAACAAAGAAUAUAAAUAAUACUUGAAUGGCUACUAUUCCCCUUAAAACUUAACAAGUCAAAAAACAUGUUUUAAAAUUAAAGAUAUGGUAUGUUUCAAUCAUCUUCAUCACAAAGUAUGUAUGAUUGUAAACUAAGCGUGGCUUCUUAAAUGAGAUGGAUUGAGUAGACUGGCUGAGUUUUUGUUACGCUGAAUAUAUCCUUUUUUUCUGUGGAUUUUUUCUUUAUUCUGUGGAAUAUACGUAGAAAAAAUAUUUCUAAGGAAUUUGCGGAGUUAGACACUGAUCUUUGUGGGUCCCUUCCAACUCAGGGUGUUCUAUAGUUCUGCAAAAUCUUAAUCGAUUUGGAGAUUUAAUUAGUGAUCUUAAUAGAAUGAAAAGGUUUGUAUCAAAAUCAAUAAAAUUUCUCAGGGCAUGCUCUGUAAGAUUUACAAUACUUUUACCAAUUGUAACAUAAUUAUCCCAUUUAGAAGUUGAUGUCAGCUGCACAAAUGCAAAAUUUUCCUUAUUUAAUAUGUAUGAGAGAUAUAAACAGUUCUGAAUUGUUUGACAAGUACUGUUAAUUGAAGAAUAGUUUAGGAGUUUGGGUUGGCUAAAAUUCUUGUUAUGUCAGUAUCCUGAGGCUUUUUCCAAAUGUAGUUAAACAUUUUGCAUGGCUUGGCAUCUUUUCCUUCUUAUGACUUGAAUUCAAGUCAUAAGAAGAAUGUGGGAAAUUUUCUGAAAUGGACAUGUCCAUUCUUAUAGGAGACAAAGGGAAAAAAUGACAUACCAGUAUUGUUCUGUGCUUUCCUGAUAAUUGCUGUAAUUAAAAUAAUCACAGAAUGGCUUUGGUUGGAAGGGCUCUUAAAAAUCAUCUAGUUAUGAUCCCCCUGCUGUGGGCAGGGUUGCCACCCACUACAUCAGGCUGCCCAGGGCCCCAUCCAUCUUGGCCUUGAACAAAUACCUCCGGGGAUGGGGCACUGUCAAUUUUGAAUUGCUGUGCACAGAAACAAUGAAGAAGAAAAAACAACUUUGACAGUAGCGCACAAGACUUAAAAUACUUCAUCUAACUUGUGAAUAAUACAAAAGGAAUACCAUCCAUAUAAAUUCAUGGUUGAAAUUCAUCCUUUUUUGUUUGCAUGUGUCUCUAACCUAUAUGAUCUUUUAAAACUCAGAUAAGGAAAUAUAAAGCCCAAGUGUUUAGAAUUGUUACCUUAAAAAGAUCUCAUCUCAGUUUGCUAUUAGCUUAGUUGUAUGUACUGGGCACAAGUCUGUAGAGAUGUCACCUUUCCCGUUAAUGUAGGAAAGAUUUCAGAAAACACCAAGUGUUAGACUGAGAAUGCAUUAGUCCACGGCCAUCCUGGAUUACUAUUACCACUGUAGAUACUCGUAUGCUGCCUGUAUACCAGUAUCCUUUUAGAGAUGGUGUUCAUCUGUAAAGCAUUCGGAUAAAAUAUGAAUGAUGCAUUUGAAAUUUUUUUUCUCGUGUUGACUUUUCUGUCAAAAUAUUCUGUACGUAUGUUUGAUUCUUCAUGGAGAGGAGGGUAAGGGUAAAAUCAGCUAUUUAUUUCUUUAUUUUGGCAUAUCUGAUUUAAUUUUACCACGUUUCGCAAAUCAACUCAAUAAAACAUAUUUGUUUUAGCAAA